AUAUGCUUGUAUGCUUUUAGGACAUAAUACUUAAAUAAAAAACUGGCAUAAUAAUUAUGUCACCCCAUAAAAUCGCAUUAAGUUGGAUUCGUUUAAAUUAAAGCUGCUUGAGAAAUACCAGCAUCAUGUCUACUCCUGCAGAUGAUACCUCUGUCCAGGUGGCACUCAGGAUUCGUCCACAGAGUGCAUCAGAGAAGAUCGACAUGUGUCAUAUUUGCACGUCUGUUACCCCUGGGCAUCCGCAAGUUGUUUUGGGCAAAGAUAAAGCUUUUACUUACGAUUUUGUCUUUGAUAUUGAUUCGGUGCAGCCAAACAUAUAUGAUGAAAUCGCUCGACCUCUAAUAGAAGGAUGCUUUGAUGGAUACAAUGCUACGAUACUUGCUUAUGGUCAGACUGGUUCUGGUAAAACUUACACAAUGGGAACUAGUUUUGAUGUAGGAGUUCCAGAGGAUUCAAUUGGUAUCAUUCCUCGUGCAGCUAGGCAUUUGUUUGAUGGUAUAAAAAAAAGAAGGGAAAAAGCAGAGGAAGAUGGAAAACCCUUGCCAGAAUUUAAAGUAUCUGCUCAAUUUCUAGAGCUUUAUAAUGAAGAAAUAAUUGAUCUACUGGACAUAGAAAAUAAAGGACGUAAAACGAUUAAAGUACACGAAGAUCACAAUGGUAAUAUAUAUAUGACGGGUGUCCUAGCCAAGACCAUUUCUUCAGCUGAUGAAACUAUGCAAUUAUUGGAAGAAGGUGCAAUAUCACGUUCAACCGCAGCAACUAACAUGAAUGCAACAUCUUCCAGAUCGCAUGCCAUUUUUACAAUUCUUCUUAAGCAUCAUCGGCUUGUACCUACUGAUGAAGACGGUGCUGAAGAGUUUGAGACUCUUAAUGCUAAAUUUAAUUUCGUUGAUCUGGCUGGUUCAGAAAGACUAAAAAGAACAGGUGCAGUAGGUGAUCGAGCAAAAGAGGGGAUUUCAAUCAAUCAAGGAUUGCUUUCACUUGGUAAUGUUAUCAGUGCAUUAGGGGACAAAACAAAAAGAGGGACUCAUGUGCCUUACAGAGAUUCCAAACUGACUAGACUGUUGCAAGAUUCUUUGGGUGGAAACAGCCGUACAUUAAUGAUUGCAUGUAUCAGUCCGUCUGAUCGGGAUUUCAUGGAAACACUAAAUUCACUAAAAUAUGCAAAUAGAGCUAGAAACAUUAAGAACAAGGUUAUGGUUAAUCAAGACAAAGCAAGCAAACAAAUUGCGAUUUUACGGCAGGAAAUUCAGCAACUAACUCUUGAAUUAGUUGAAUACAAGCAAGGUAAACGAGUUGCUGACACUAGUGGUGAGCACAUGACAGACACAUUUCAUGAACUGGAGAUGUUACGUACCGAAAACGAAAACUUGAGGAUGCGUGUUAAAGCAUUAAAACAAAAUGUAGAUAGUCAGUCAAUACAGUUGACAGAGUUAAAAGUUUCCGCUGUGCUGGCUCAAGUCACUGGAGAUGAUACCACUGCCAUUGAAGAUAUGGUGAAAAAUUAUGAAAACCAAAUACAAAAGUUAAGCAAUCAACUUCAAGAGAGUCAAGCCAUGUCUACAGCAGCUGUUCACAGGGCACAAGCAGUCAGCCGCUUGGCAAUGUCACCUGGAGUAAUACAUGAUGAUGCUGAUGAGUUAUCUUCAAUCCUUAAUGCUGCUAAAGAAGAUUUAAGAAAAGAAAGGAAAAUGAAGAAACGAAUGUCAAAGAAGAAGAAAGUGACAACACCAACAAUAACUGAGAAGACCGAAGAAGAAGAAGAAAAAAGAGACGAAAGUGAAAAGGCUGCGAUAGUAAUUUCUGAUGAUGAAGAAAAAGCAUUAGAUCCAACCACGAAUGGUAUUGAUAUUAAUGUAAAAGAGAAAGAUCAAACGAGUGACAUUAAAAAAACAGCUGAUAGAGGCUCUGAUUUGGAAGAUGAAGUUGAAGAUGAGGACGAGGAAGAAGAGGAAGAAGAAGAAUUACAAUCAAACACAGAUAGUGAUACAGACGAUGAACUAAAUCAGUCUAUUAAAGAGGAAAGUGAAUUGAAUGACCAUAUUAAUGAUUUGAACACGGAUAUAACCAUCAAACAAAAGCUGAUUGAUGAGUUGGAGCACAGUCAACAAAGAUUAACUGCACUGAAACAUCAGUAUGAACAAAAGCUAAAUCUGAUGCACAACAAAAUAAAAGAGACUGAAGAUGAGCGAGACAAAGUACUAAAAAGUAUUGGCAGUGUGGAUUCUGUUGCACGUGAAAAAGCUGAAGCAGUAAGAAAGCGUUAUGAAAAGAAGUUAGCAACAAUGCAGAAAGAACUCAGUAAACUGCACAAUGCAAAACGUGAGCACCAAAGAUUGUUAAAGACGAAAGAGCAAAACGAGCAACAACUGAAGCUUAUGCGGAAUGAGCUGAACGACAUGAAGAAAAUGAAAGUGAAACUAAUGCGCCAAAUGAGGGAUGAAGUGGCACGUAACAAGAAACGUGAAAACAAAAUGAACCAGCAGAUGGAGAGUGUGAUGAAAGAGAACCGUAAGAAAGAAGUUGAAUUAAAACGUUUAAAAGAUGAAAAAAGGCAGAGAGAUCUUGUAUUGAAACGUAAACAAGAAGAGUUAAACUCAAUGCGAAAACAAGCAAAGCCUGUUUCUGGAAACGUCAGCACACGUAAUACUCGUUCACGUCCUAAUAAUCUUCAACUGCAAUUUCAAGCGACUGGUAACAAUCAAGGUUUAAACGCAACUUUUGUUGUUGACUCAAAAGAUGGUGAACUACCAGUCACACCUAAGAAAAAAGGCAGAAUACCUGUGUCGUCAAAUUUAGCUGCCAGGUCACCUGCAGUUUCCAAGAAAGCUAAACAUAAAUGGGAGCUGCUGGAAAGAAAGUUAACUGAGUUAACAAUACGCAUGAAGAAUGUGGCGCAAAUGGAGAACGAUAUGGAGAGAUGGCUGGCUGAUCGUGAACGCGUGGGGAAACAACUUGACUCAGCUCGGAAAAGAAAAGAAGAGGCUGAAAAACAUGCCAAUAGUCAGGAUGAAACACUUUUAAAAGAAUUAAAUAAUCAAGUAGAAGGUUUGGAAGCGCACAUGGAAUACAUUCAAGAAAACAUAACUGAAAGCCAAGGUACCAUUAUGGAUAUGGAGGAGGAAGGUGAAGGUGUCAACACAAACGAAUUAAUCAGCACCAGCUCGUUAGCAGAAACAAAAUACCUGCUUGAACAUUUCUAUAGUAAAGCAGUGGAAACAGCACAAGAGCUAGCAAACAAAGAUGCAGCUUACAAAGAAAUACAAAUCAAAUUGGAGGCUAUGGAGAAGCAUUGUGAAGUUCAACAACAGCUUUUACAGCAUGCUUGCAACCUAGAAUAUGGUGCAGGCUACAUGCCAAUAGAAGAAGAAGAUCAACUGAAUAAUAUUGAUGAUCUACCUGAUGUGGUUAGUGUAGGAGGAACUCAAAAGAAGGCCAGAAGGAAAACAGCUCUUCCCGAGGAACUACUACACCCUAAGGAACCAAAAGCCUUGAAAACUUCCCCAACAGUCAUUGAAAUAGAAGACGAUGACGAUGAUAAAGAUGUUGAUUCACCAGUGAAGAUAGAGAAAGAAGAAACUGUAGAGCAUAAACAAAAAAUAGCUGAUACUUUCCAAUUAGAUGACAAAACUUUACAAAAACUUAUGGAUUUAGAAAAAACUUUAAGAGAUCGUAAGAAAAUGCCUCCACCUCCUGCACCAGGCGGAAACCACUCUACUUCUCAGUCUGCGAGCAACACUAGGGUUCGUUCUGAUUCUUUAUCAGACAGUACUGACAAACCUGCUGAUACUAGUCUUCCUGCAAGUUUUGUUCGCAACACAAGGGUCACUAAAAGUGCAAGACCAUUUAGUAAAUCUACCUCUGCUAGUAAUUUGAAAACGCAAAGAUCACUAAGAGGUUCAAGUAAUCCAGGUUCUCCAAAGGGGGACAGGAAGACACUAGCGGAAGCUUCAUCACUAUCGGUUGAUUUGGAUUCAGCAAAUGUAUUUAAAAGACUAACAAGCAGCCUACCUCAAGAGUGUGACCCAGAUUUAGGUCAAAUACUGCCUUCGAAAGCAUCAUCAGGAAAACCGGACAGUCUCUUGUGCAUGUAUACCGCUACAGGUCAUAGCAACGCUGUCCUUUCACUUGAUGUACUUAAUGAACUGAUGGUCACAGGAUCGAAAGAUCGCACAGCAAAAAUUUGGGAUUUAAAUACCAGCGAGGAGGUGCUCUCCUUAUCACAACACAAACGAGAUGUUACAGUGGUAAAAUUCUGUCCAUCUCGCAAUGUAGUAUUCACUGUCUAUCAAUCAACCAUCAAGAUUUGGGACCUUCGACAGGGCAGUGUUGUUAAAACAUUAAGCAGCGGAUUGUUUCAGUCAGUGGGUGAGGCUAGUAUCAUGGACCUCGACUUGAAUAAAGAUGGAACGGUUUUGUAUUCAGCUAUAGGAAAUACUGUUAAAAUUAUCGAUCUUAAAACGUACAGCACGUUAGGAAAACUUACUGGUCAUACAGGCGCAGUAACUUGUUUGCUGGUCGCUGACACAGGACAUCAUCAUGACAAUGUUAUUACUGGGUCUAAAGAUCAUUAUGUAAAGAUUUUUGAAGUUGUUGAUGAAGUCGCGUCAAGUCAAGUACCUCGACAAAACUUGGAGCCGCCUCAUUACGAUGGUGUGCAAUCUCUUGCUAUGAAGGGUAACCAUUUGUUUAGUGGAUCUAGAGACAACACUAUAAAGAAGUGGAACUUCUCAAAUCAUGAUUUAGAACAGCACUUCACCUACGCUCACAAAGAUUGGGUCACUUCGCUGGAUUUUAUUCCAAAUUCUGAUGUACUGAUCAGCGGUGACAGAAGAGGAGUUCUUAAGUUGUGGCACGUUGAUACCUGUAAACCUCUAGGAGAUAUAACUGCUCAUGGAAAGUCCAUCAAUGCGAUUAAAUGCAACUCCAAUUGCGUGUUUACUGCGUCGAGUGAUCGACUCGUUCGUAUAUGGAAACCAUCCCAAACAUUAGAUGAUCAACUAGCGGAGUUAACUUCCGAAUAGAGAACCAAUGUACUUGGUUUCCCGAUUUUCACGAAAGCGUUUCGACAAGUUUAGUUCGAUCCGUGGUCUAACGCGUGUAACUUAAAAUAAGCAAAAUCAAUAUUGAGACUUGGAAGAACAGUAAAUCUUAAACUGGAUGCAAUCUGUCCAAAUCUUUGUUGAAAUGUUGGAUAUCCAAUACCUCACAACUUUAUCUUCAUUCAAACUAUUUAUCGAACAUUCAAUUAAUGCUGGAUGGCAGUUGGAUUUUUUAGGCCUUGCUUAUGGAAAACGAAACACGAAUUCUAUAUUUUUUCGAGUGAAAUCUUACAAUAGUCGCUAAAACAAACCACCUACUUUAGUUGUACAAACUUUGCGAAGAGAAACUUUCGCGAAUUUCACGAAUUCAGGCCUCAUUCGCGAAAGUUUAUCCUCGCGAAAUGUUUCAAAUGUAGCUAUUUGCGAAAGUUUAUCCUCGCGAAAUUGUUAAAAGUAUAAUACAACACGCGAAAUACAAAGUUUGUACACCUAAAGUAUUACGUCAUUUUUUAGCCACUAGAGUUUUUUACAGGUACUUGAUUAACAAAAAUAUUCUAGCAUGUGUUUGUAUAUGAAUGAAUUUUGUUAAAACAUUUUCCAAGUUUGUUACAAAAGCUUUUAGUAUUUUGUAUAGCAACUGUGCUUAAUAAUAUGUCUGAGGCUGGUUCAAUUUUCACUGUUAAAUUUGUAUUUAUAUGUAUAUGAAAUUCUCAGGCAGA